CUUUUUGGUAAUGUAAAAUUUUAUAACCAAAAAAAAAACAGAGGACAAAACCAAAGGGGCAUACCCCGGAAACAAGAACACAAUCAGAACCUGAGAACAAGAACAAACUAUCUGCUCAUACAAGCAGUCGCGAGUUCAGAAAGUUCUAUGAUCGCUUACAGGGACAAGGGUGAAAUAUUAGAACUUCAUUUAUGGAUAAUCCAAAGGCAAAUCUGCAGAGGAAGGGGAGUUCAAUCCCCCUUGAAUCUUCCCAAAUCCUAUGGUCAAGCGAUAGGUCGACUAAAGAUUUGCGAUCAGCUGGUGGAAGCCCGGGCAAGAAUGAUAAAGAUAAGGACGUAAAUGUGCAGGUUGUGCUGCGUUGCAGGCCAUUGAGUGAGGACGAGAAGAGGGCAAAAACUCCGGUGGCAAUAUCUUGUAACGAGCAUAGUCGAGAAGUAUCUGUGAUCCAAAAUGUAGCUAAUAAGUACAGGGACAAAGCGUUUGUAUUUGAUAAUGUGUUUGGGCCGGCAUCCCAACAGAAGGAUUUGUAUGAACAAGCCAUUGCGCCUCUUGUCAAUGAGGCUCUCGAGGGCUACACUUGCACCAUCUUUGCAUACGGUCAAACAGGAACGGGGAAAACUUACACCAUGGAGGGAGAAGCUGUAAAACAAAAGAAGACAGAAUUCCACAACGAUGCCGGGGUGAUUCCAAGAGCUGUCAAGCAAAUUUUCGACACUCUUGAAGCUCAAAAUGCCGAAUAUGGCAUGAAAGUUACGUUUCUGGAGCUUUACCAUGAGGACAUAACGGAUCUUCUAGUCCCCGAGAAAGGCUCAAGGAAGCCAAUAACUGUCAUGGAAGAUGGGAAGGGAGCUGUUUUUGUGAAGGGCCUAGAAGAGGGUAUAGUUCACACAGCAGACGAGAUUUACAAAAUCUUAGAGGAAGGGUCUAUGAGGAAGCAUAUCGCAGAGGAGACUCUUUUGAACAAACAAAGUAACCGGUCUCACUCGAUACUCUCCAUUACCGUUGAAAUCAAGGAGUGUGCUUCAGAGGGAGUAGAGCUCAUCAAGUGCGGAAAACUGAAUCUUGUUGACCUUGCAGGUUCUGAGAAUGUUUUACGGUCUGGUGCAAGAGAGGAAAGAGCAAGGGAAGCUGGGGAGAUCAAUAAGAGCUUGCUUACUCUUGGUCGCGUCAUAAAUGCACUCGUUGAGCACUCUGGACAUGUUCCAUAUAGGGAUAGCAACUUAACAAGGUUAUUGAGAGACUCAUUAGGAGGUGAAACAAAGACAUGCAUGAUUGCUACGAUAUCACCGUCUGUGUAUUGUUUGGAAGAAACACUCAGCACUCUAGAGUAUGCAUACCGUGCCAAAAACAUCAGAAACAGACCGGAGGUAAAUCAAAGGGUGACAAAAUCUGCUCUGAUCAAUGAUCUGUAUAUGGAGAUAGACCGUCUUAAACAAGAGUUACGGGAAAAUUACCUAAAUGAAGAAGCUGUCAAGAAGGCCACGGAUGAGGAAAUAGAGCACGUAAAACUCGAAUCAGAGUUUAAGAACAAGCAACUAACGGAGCUUCAGGAGCUUUACGUUAAUCAGCAGAAGCUGUUUGCGGAAUUAAGUGAAAAACUUGGAAGGACACAGAGAGAAUUUGAUCGAACUAAACAAGCAAUGGUUUAUCUAGUAGAAAAACAAAGACGCGCAACCGAAACAAUCAAAGAAAAAGAAGACCUCAUUUUUAAUCUCCUUGGAUCGGAGAAAGCACUGACUGAAAAAGCUUUUGAGCUCCGUGCUGAGCUGGAAAAGGCGGCGUCAGAGGUAUCAAGCUUGCUCGCCGAAAUUGACCGUAAGAACAAGAUGGAAGACAGUAACAGAGUUCUUAUCCACAACUUUCGUGCUCAACUAGCUCAGCAGCUUGCGAGUUUACACACAACCGUUGAUGCUUCAGUAAAAGAACAAGAAAAGAAACUCAAAGUAGUAGAAGAAGAGACACAAUUGUUUGUAUCGACAAAGGCAAUGGCAACUGAACAACUUACAGCACAACUCGAAGAGCUGAAAGUUUUAUAUGGUUCCAGUUUGAAGUAUUUUGAUGAUUUAGAAGGUGAACUUCAUGGCAAUUCCGAAUCAGCCUUCAGUAGUCUAAAAUCAGAAAUAUCGAAGAAUUCAACUUCCCUAAUGGAUCUUUUCAGAAACAUGGCUUCAGAAGGAUGCGGUAUAAUUGAUGAUCUUCAAAAUAACCUCAACGAUCACAAGGAAAAGAUCGUUGCGUUUGCACAGCAGCAGCACGAGGCUCAUACCAGAACAUUGAGGGAGACCCGAUUAAUUGCUGCAACUCUAGGGAAAUUCUUCCAGAGUAUAAGCAUGAGUUUCGAAAAUUUGACCCUUCUAGUAGAAGAAGCACAUAAAACAAAUGACCAGGAACUAUGUGCAUUCGAAAAGCAGCUUGAGGAAUCUGCUAAUGAAGAUAGGCAACUGUUGGACAAAGUGACAGAGAUGUUAGCAAGUUCAAAUGAUAGGAAAAGAAAGAUGGUUCAAACAGCAGUGGAUGCAAUUCGAAAGAGUGCCACCAGUAGAAUGAGCAAGCUACAUCAGGAAAUGUCAAACAUUCACGAUUCGACUACUUCUGUCCAAGAAGAAUGGACAGAAUACAUACAGAAGCUCAGCACCCAGUUCAUCGAGGACAUAUCUGUAGUGGAAAGUGGGAAGGACGGCCUAGAAGACGGACUAAGAUAUUGUGUGGAAAAGGCGAAAACACUAGCCGAACAAUGGAGGAAUGCUGAAGAAUCACUUUCAAGUCUUGAGAGAAUAACAGUUGAUUCAGUGGACUCUAUUGUCAAGGAUAGACUGGAAACGAAUCAAACGAUCAGUGCUCAGUUUUCUUCUAUUGCCUUGUCAACAAUGGAUGAAUCAGAUGAAGCAAGCAAGAGUUGUCUUUCCUCUAUAGAGAAUUUGUUGAGACUUGAUCAAGAUACGACGAAGAAAAUCAAUUCGUUCAUUACUCCUUGUCGUGACGGGGCAUUAGAAAUGGAAAUCGCUGUCUCCCACAAGACCAUUGAAGUCGUACAAAACGCACAGAAAUGUCUGAUAGACGAAUACAUGGUGGAUGAGCUUCCACGUUCAACGCCACAGAAGCAACCGUUUGAUCUACCAAGCACGACAUCAAUUGAAGAGCUCAAAACUCCAGCAUUUGAGUCGUUGAAGUCGCAUUGGGACACUAGACCUAUAAAACAACUAAAUGGCGACAUAAACAAGCCAUUAGGGUUGUCUGAGGCUGCUCAAUCAUUGCAUCGCAAAUUUUCUAUCACCGAUAUUAACUAGUGAGAAGGGACAUGACACAGACUGCAAUGGGAUGCAACGAAUACGUGACACCAAAGUGUUAUCAUAGCCUUCUGCUUUUUGUAAGAUCUGCCUAAAUAAUUAGCUGCGGAAAUUCUAUUAGUCUCCUCGUCCUCCUCCUCAGUUUUCAUAUGAGUUUAAUCUGUUCUCAUAGUGAGAUUCAAGGGAAGAAAUUUUGAAAGACAACUAUUCCAAGUGUUAACCUCAUUUCCUUUUCA